GCUUGGUAUACGAACAUUGGAGUUGGGACUACGCUAAGCGAAAGGAACAAGAGGAGAGCCUCGGAACGGAGCUAGAAGAAGAGGAAAGGGGCGUCGCAGAUUUUCCAAAGGUUUUCUUCGUCAUCUAAGCUUCGUGAAACAUCUCUUGGUUGAAUCUUUAAUUUGUAGACCAUCUUUUCUUAGUAUAAAGCUUAACAUUUGAUAGCUCGUUAGUAAAGAAGUUGGACCACAAAAGACCAAUCCUUUGUGGCAUGAUAUUCGCAUUAGUUCUGCAACCUUGUGGCGUUCAUCUAUGCGCGUAAUCUUCAGCGCUUGCAGAUUAUACUGCACUGGUGCGGCAAUUUCAUUGAAUUCCUUGAUAGCGAGGUACUCUCGCACUGGCCAAAUUGAGAAUGCUCGAAGGGUGUUUGAUCAAAUGCAUGAAAGAAGCAUUGCUUCUUGGAAUGCCAUCAUUUCUGGGUACUUCCAGAACAAUCAGCCUCAUGAAGCCAAAUUUCUAUUUGAAAGGAUGCCCGAGAAGAAUAAAAUUUCUUGGAAUGGUAUGAUUUCUGGAUACGUAAAAAAUGGGAUGAUUAAUGAAGCAAGGGAAAUAUUUAAUAUGAUGCCUGAGAGAAAUGUUGUUUCGUGGACUGCAAUGGUUAGGGGCUACGUGCAACAAGGUAUGAUUGUAGAGGCAGAAUCACUUUUCUGGCAUAUGCCUGAAAAGAAUGUGGUGUCAUGGACAGUAAUGUUGGGUGGAUUGCUACAAGGAGGUCGGCUUAAAGAUGCACGCAAGUUGUUUGACACCAUGCCUGUAAAAGAUGUAGUGGCUAUAACUAAUAUGAUUGGAGGAUAUUGUGAACAAGGCCGGUUGGCUGAAGCUCGCCAACUGUUUGAUGAAAUGCCAAAAAGGAAUAUCAUUACUUGGACGACAAUGAUUUCGGGGUAUGGUCGUUAUCAGCAGGUGGACAUUGGUCGGAAGCUCUUUGAAGUGAUGCCUGAAAAAAAUGAGGUGUCUUGGACAGUUAUGAUAAUGGGUUACACUCACUGUGGGCGGAUUGAAGAGGCUUCAGAGCUUUUUGAUGCUAUGCCACUAAAGUCAAUUGUUGCUUGUAAUGAAAUGAUCAUGGCUUUUGGUCUCAGUGGGGAGGUGGCCAAAGCAAGACAGGUUUUUGAACAAAUGAGGGAGAGGGACGAUGGAACAUGGAGUGCAAUAAUUAAAGUUUAUGAGCGAAAAGGAUUUGAGUUGAAAGCCCUAAACAUGUUUAUACGGAUGCAAAGAGAAGGGGUUGGGCUGAGCUUCCCGUCUUUGAUCAGUGUUCUUUCUGUUUGUGCCAGUCUUGCUAGUCUUGAUUAUGGUAGAGAGGUUCAUGCUCAGUUGGUCAAAUCCCAAUUUGAUCAUGAUUUAUAUGUUGCCUCAGUUUUGAUUACGAUGUAUGUUAAAUGUGGUGAUCUUAUGAAAGCAAACCUUAUAUUCAAAAUGUUUGCUUUUAAGGAUGUUGUCAUGUGGAACUCUAUGAUCACAGGUUAUGCUCAACAUGGUUUGGGAGAAGAAGCUUUAGAUGUUUUCAAUGAAAUGUGUUCCUCUGGAGUUUCACCAGAUAAUGUAACCUUUGUUGGGGUUCUUUCAGCUUGUGGUUAUUGUGGAAAGGUGAAACAAGGACUUGAAUUCUUUGAAACAAUGAAAAGCAUAUAUCAAGUGGAGCCAGGAAUAGAACAUUAUGCUUGCAUGGUUGAUUUACUUGGCAGAGCAGGCAAGGUAAAUGAUGCAAUGAAGCUAAUAGAAAGCAUGCCAAUGGAAGCAGAUGCUAUUAUUUGGGGUGCAUUGCUCGGUGCAUGCAAAAUCCAUAUGGAUAUUGAUGUGGCUGAAGUUGCCGUGCAGAAACUAACAGAGCUUGAACCCAAAAAUUCUGGGCCUUAUGUCUUGCUUUCCAAUCUCUAUGCAUCUAGAGGAAGAUGGGGGCAUGUUGAGAUCCUCAGGAAAAAAAUUAGAGCUAUGAAUGUCAGCAAAUCACCUGGCUGUAGUUGGAUUGAGGUGGAGAAGAAGGUGCAUAUGUUCACUGGGGGAGAUAGCAAAGGCCACCCCGAGCAACAUUCUAUAAUGAAAAUGUUGGAAAGGUUAGGUGGAUUGAUAAUGGAAGCUGGCUACUGUCCCGAUCGUAGCUUUGUGCUUCAUGAUGUGGAUGAGGAAGAGAAGGCUCAUAGCUUAGGUUAUCAUAGUGAAAAAUUGGCCGUAGCAUAUGGACUUUUAAAAGUGCCCCAAGGAAUGCGGAUCCGGGUAAUGAAAAAUUUACGGGUUUGUGGUGAUUGCCAUUCUGCAAUCAAAUUAAUUGCAAAAGUAACUGGAAGGGAGAUUAUUUUGAGGGAUGCUAAUAGAUUUCAUCACUUCAAGGAUGGUUAUUGUUCUUGCAAAGACUAUUGGUAACUGAUGGAAAGUAGAAGCAAAAUGCAUAUAGCCAGGCAUGAGUAGGAUCCAAUGAGAAUCUCUUGUCCUUUUUAUUCUGCAUGCAAAGCAAGGGCUAAAUUUUUAUAUACCCUCUCGUUUGGGAGCUGUAGCAAUGGAUUUGCAAUUUUCAAGUUUCUCUGGUGGAAAAGGUGAUGAAUGCCAUUGGGAAUCAAUAUAACCUUUAGAAUACAUUCUGCUGUAGCCCCGGCUUCAUUCAAGCUCUAUGAACACUGUUUGCCCUAUCUCGGACUGCGUAUUGCUUUCUUUUUCUUUCCCUACAUUUUUCAAGUUUUAAAAUUCAAAAUCAAAGCAUUCUUUUCCAUUUUAAUGACCACAGGCCAUAGCACUUUUUGGGAACUGUUCAAAGUUCAAACGCAAGCAUGAUGUAUGGUUGAAAGCCUUGAUCAUCAUUGCAGCAUGAGGAAAACAUGCUGAAAAUGAGGAGCGGAUAAGAUUUUGGAA